AUUUGUUAUUCAAACAAUAUGUCGGUAAAAAUCAUCGCAAUAGUAUCCGUGCUAUGUAUGGGCACCGUUAGCCUAUCGCCAAACCCGCCCAUCCAUAAGGGCUGUGACCUACCGGUUGAGGUGCGGAUAAACAUGAAUAUAGGAACCAAAGAGGAAUGCCUACAAGCGGGUGACUGUUGGAAACCUGAGCCAGGUUCACCAAACUGUUACUGGCCCCACAAUGAUACCUCGGUCAAGGUGUAUGUCCAUAUGAUGCCCUGGUUUGAGACCAAGGAGACUAACCCGGAUCCCGAUAGGAUAGGCAAGUGGGGUCAGCACUGGUCCAUGAAAAAUAUGGACCCGGAUAUAAAGGACGCGUCCGGUAAACGCCAAAUAGCCUCCCAUUUCUACCCACUCAUCGAUCUGUACGCCUCGGGCGACACCCAUGUCAUCGACUGGCAGUUAGGGCUCAUGAAGCUAUCGGGGGUGACCGGGGUGUUGAUCGACUGGCCCGGUACCGCUAAAGUGUGGGACUACACGGGAAACGCCGCCAAUUGCGAGGCUAUUGUUAAGGGAUGUGAACGAGUGGGUCUGGACUACGCUAUUGUCUACGAGGACCACAACCUCGGAAUGGCCCGGGAUGCUGGAAAGUUAAAUGUCAGUAUCAUUGAGCAGGGUAAAGCCGACAUGGCGUACCUGAGGGACAAACACAUGGUUAACAAGAAUUAUAUUCAACUGAAUGGCGCACCACUUAUACUGGAUUUUGGACCACAAACACUACAAGGUCCCGAUUGGGACCAGGUAUACUCUGUAAUGCCAAAACCGCCCACAUUCUUAACCCUAUGGAAUCAGAUUGACCAAGGGGGAAAAAUGGCAAAGGGCGAGUUUGCGUGGGUCUACCAAAACUACAUGGACGGCCUUAAGAACUUCUACCACUUCCGUAGUCAAGUGCCCCUGAAGUUUGGCGUAGCCUACCCGGGCUUCGAGUCGGCAUACUCUGAGGGUGGUUGGCCGGGACCUACCUGGUCCAUCAAAUACAGCACCGACACCAUGGAAGCUACAUUUGACUAUGCACGAGCAUACGGUGUUAAUUAUAUUCAAGUUGCCACGUGGAAUGAC